AUGCCCCCUAAGAAAUCUUCGGCGCCUUUGCCUAAGGGCCAGGCGUCGCUCUCCAAUUUCUUCGGAAGCAAGACCGCUGGUUUCAGUCCUGCCUCAUCUCAAGAUGCACACUCCACGCCUCGUACUACAUCAGCAGCAAGUGCGUCGUCCAAGUACUUUGCGUCAAAGACGGACACCCCCUCCACUCGCCGCUCUGGCCGAGCUACCAAGGCUGAUCCAAUGAUCAUCGAUGACUCGGACGACGACAGCCUCGACUUGAAGCCUGCUUCCACGACAAAAACGACCCAAAGUGGCAGCGGAGCAGCACGGACAAGUCCCAGAAAGUCGGCAACAAAGCGCAAAGCACACCAAGACUCUUCUGACGACGAUUUUGUUGACCGUCGAGAAGCCAAACGGGACGACAAGGACGACAACAAGGACGACGACGAUGAUGAAUUUGCUCCCGUGCCAAAGAGACCCGCAACCACUUCUUCGAAAGCCAAAGCGAAUUCCACCUCUCAAGCUCCCCGUCGCAGAGCAGCAAAUGCCAAGCCCAUCAAGAUCGAUGAUUCCGACGAAGAUGAAGACUUUGUUGACGUUCUUCCACAGUCCAAGAAGCCAACCACCACUGCCAGCAAGAAAGCGCCUCCUGCCAAGACAGCCCCGGCCAAGAGGCCAGCGGACGACAAUUUUGAACCUCAGACCGCUCAGGCAGCUGAUAAGAAACCCAACUGGAGGGAAAUGGCCGCUCGUCGUGCUGCUGGGCCUGCCAAUCCCGGGUCCAAGGCCAUUCCUCAGGGCAAGCCUAACUGCCUUACAGGUCUCACUCUUGUCUUUACGGGGGAGCUCGAAUCGAUUAGUCGUGACGAAGCUUCCGAUCUAGCAAAACGAUACGGCGCACGAAUCACCAGCGCACCAUCCUCAAAGACCUCGUACGUCAUCGUCGGAGAAGGCGCCGGUCCCAAGAAGCUCGACUUGAUUAGGAAGAACAACAUCAAGACGCUCAACGAGGACGAAUUCCUCGAUCUCAUUCGCACACGCGGCGCUGGCGAGCUCGACGAAAAGGCAAAGCAAAAGAUCAAAGCCGAAGAGCAAAAGAUCAAGGAGGUUGCCAAAUCUAUGGGUCCACCCAAGGAUGGCAAUGCCAAUCCGGCAGAUCUGUCCAACAUGCUAUGGACCACGAAAUACGCGCCUACACAGAUGAAGGACCUCGUCGGCAAUAAGGCGGCGGUCGAAAAGCUCGCUAGCUGGCUGAAAGCGUGGCCUGACUCGUAUCGAAGCAACUUCAAGAAGCCGGGACCCACCGGCAUGAACGUCUAUCGGGCUGUCCUCAUUUCGGGUCCACCAGGUAUCGGCAAGACCACGUCGGCACACCUCGUGGCCAAGAUGGAAGGGUACUCGCCACUCGAGUUCAACGCGAGCGACGCACGAAGCAAGAAGCUCGUCGAAGGCAUGCUGCAAGACACGAUCAACAACAAGUCGCUCGACAGUUGGUACAGUAGUGUCGCAAAGCCGUCUUCAUGGUCGGCGGGCCUACCGCGCAUUCACGAUCGUACCGUGUUGAUCAUGGACGAGGUCGAUGGCAUGUCUGGCGGUGAUCGCGGAGGUGUUGGCGCGAUCAAUGCGCUCAUCAAGAAGACCAAGGUGCCCAUCAUUUGUAUCUGCAACGACAGGCGAAACCAGAAGAUGCGUCCGUUUGAACACACCACGUUCAACCUCACGUUCCGCAAGCCGGAUGCCAAUCAAGUCAAGUCGAGGAUGUUGUCGAUCGCUUUCAAGGAAAAGCUGAAAAUCCCCGGUGAAGUCAUGGCACAGCUUAUUGAGGCGGCACAGAGCGACAUUCGCUCCGUGAUCAACAUGUUGAGCACAUGGAAGCUGUCAAACGACAGCAUGGACUUCGACGAGUCCAAGGCGUUGGGUGCUGAGAAUGCGAAGCCGGGCCUGCAUACACCGUUUUCGCUGUACGGCGAGCUUUCGGCGCCAGGCAUGUUCAACGCCAACUCGAAAAAGACGUUGAACGACAAAGCUGAUCUGUACUUUCAGGAUCACAGUUUUGUGCCACUAAUGGUCGCGGAGAACUAUGUCAAGGCUAGGCCGGUGCUGGCGUCGAAGGAGGUGGGAGCUAGGCAGCAGCUCAAGCAUCUCGAACUUUUGCGCAAGGCAUCCGAGAGCAUUUCGGACGGCGAUCUGGUGGAUCGGAUGAUUCACGGUGGGGAACAGCAUUGGUCAUUGAUGCCGCUGCACGCGAUUGCGUCUUCGGUGCGGCCAUGCUCGUUGAUCUACGGUGGAACGGAAGGGGGGUUCCCCAGCUUCCCGGCGUGGCUUGGACAGAAUUCGAAGCAGCAACGACUGACGCGAGCGGUGGUAGAUCUACAGGCCAAGAUGCGGUUGGUGUGUUCGGGAUCGCGUCACGAUCUGCGUCAGCACUAUUUGCCUUCGAUGUGGUCGAUGCUGAUUCAGCCGCUGGUCGAGGAGGGUGCCGAGGGUGUGGAACGGGUGAUCGGGCUGAUGGACGACUACUACCUCGGGGUGGAGGAUAGAGAAACGAUUUUGGAGUUGGGGUUGGAACCCAACAACGCGGAGGCCAUGAUGAAGAAGGUGCCCAGUGCUGUCAAGGCGGGAUUCACGAGGAAGUACAAUUCGAGCACGCAUCCGAUCGCGUUUCACAAGGCGACAGAUGUGGGCGGUGCCAAAGUCAAGCUCGCCAAAGCCGAGGUGCCGGAUCUGGAGGAUGCAGUGGAAGAGGAAGUGGUGGAGGAGGAAGAGGAGGACAAGGAGGCCGGCGACGAGCUGAGCAAGGACAAGCUGGUCAAGAAGCCCAAAUCGGGGGCAGGCAAGGCGAAGGCCAAAGUUGUAGGAGCCAAGAAAAAGUGA